AGAGGAAGAGAGGGAGAGAGAGGAUAGGAGAAGAAGAAAUGGGUAAGGAAGAUCAAGCUCCUUUGCUAGUGAAGAGUGGUGAGGGAGAGAACAAUGGUGUUGUGGUGUCAUCGUCUUCUGACAAUAGUACGUUUUGCCAAGAGUUGAAGAGGGUGAGCUCCAUGGCUGCUCCAAUGGUGGCCGUGACUGUGUCUCAGUACCUUCUGCAAGUCGUGUCCAUGAUGAUGGUUGGGCACAUUGGGAAACUCGCCUUCUCCGGCGUCGCUAUCGCCACUUCUUUUGCUGAAGUCACCGGCUUCAGUGUUCUUAUAGGAAUGGCUGGUGCAUUAGAAACUCUGUGUGGGCAAACUUACGGUGCAGAAGAUUUCAAAAAGUUGGGGAACUACACUUGCUGUGCUAUAAUCUCUUUGAUGUUUGUUUGUGUCCCUAUAUCUGUGAUGUGGAUAUUCAUGGAUAAAAUUCUAUUACUAUUUGGUCAAGACCCUGAAAUUUCUCAUGUAGCCCGAGUAUACUGCAUAUACCUCAUCCCAGCACUGUUUGGCUAUGGUGUUCUUCAAUCACUGGUUCGCUACUUCCAGGCUCAGUCUAUGAUCUAUCCCAUGGUUUUGAGCUCAAUUGCGGUUCUCUGUUUGCAUGUUCCUUUGUGUUGGGUUCUGGUGUAUGGAUUGGGAAUGGGACACGUUGGAGCAGCAUUAGCCAUUGGGAUUUCAUAUUGGUUGAAUGUCAUUGGGCUUGGCCUUUAUAUGAAGUAUUCUAAAGCAUGUGAGAAAACACAGAUUGUGUUCUCUAGUACUGCUUUACUAAACAUUGCGGAGUUCUUCCAAUUUGCUAUCCCUUCCGGACUUAUGGUUUGCUUUGAAUGGUGGUCCUUUGAGUUACUUACCCUACUUGCUGGCCUUUUGCCUGAUCCACAACUUGAAACCUCAAUUCUAUCUGUCUGCCUGAGCAUUACCACAUUGCACUACUUCGUUCCUUAUGGUGUUGGAGCAGCUGCAAGUACUCGUGUUUCAAAUGAACUAGGAGCAGAUAAUCCCACCAGAGCUCGAAAUGCUGUCCGCGUAGCUCUGGUGAUCGGUAUUGCGGAGGCAGUUGUCCUUAGCACAGCCUUCUUCUUCUGCCGUCACAUAUUGGGAUAUGCAUACAGCAGUGAUCUAGAAGUGAUAAAUUAUGUAGCUGAAAUGGUUCCUUUACUUUGUAUAUCUGUGAGUGCAGACAGUCUCGCAGGAAUACUAUGUGGGAUUGCAAGAGGUGGUGGAUUCCAGCGAAUAGGAGCAUAUGUGAACCUUGGUGCGUAUUAUCUGAUUGGAACUCCCAUUUCUGUCUUACUGGGAUUUGUACUGAAUUGGAGAGCCAAGGGACUAUGGCUUGGAAUCCUAGCAGGGUCCACGGUUCAAGCAGUUGUGCUUAUUGUUGUAACAGCAGCAUUUACAGAUUGGGAGAAAGAGGCAAGGAACGCAAGGGAAAGACUACAAAAGGAGUCUUCAGAUAAACCCAUUAAUGAAUCUGUAUGAAGUAAACGAGAGAGAAGAAGAGAGAUGAAUGAAACUUGCUAACAGCAAGUUGUUCAUCUACCUGUGACUGUGCAAGUGAAAGUUUUUUUUUUUUUUUUGGGUUUGUUUUUUAUGGGGUAGUGAGAGAGAGAGAGAGAGGAGGUUGGUGGAGAGCGUCAGAGUGUGGGUCGUUUUUGUAGUUGUUGUUGUGUGCUGGAGAAUGGCUUUUUGUGUGCGCGGUGAAUGGAGUAUGUGAUGGUGUGGGUCCCAGUCUUUUGUUUUUGGGGGGGGGGGGGGGGCACUUUUUGAUAUCGUUU